GAAAAAUUCGCCGGAAUUGUAAUUCUAAUAGGAAGAGUCACCGGUUUGGAAGGGGUUUUCCGAUGCCCAAUUAGGUGGCGGCCGGGAAGAAGGAGAGUCGCUUGUGGGGUUCGGCUAGCUUUGAUUGCAGAAAGAACGGAGAAGAAGGAGAGCGUCGCUCACAAGCCGUCGGUUUUCGAGUUUAUCGUCGUUCAACUGUCGUUUCUGGGUUUCGUCCAUCCGGUCGACCAAGAACAAAUAGAAAAAGAAGAGAAAGAGGCUGCCGGUACAGGGCAAUCACUGGCGGCAGGGCAGGGGCGAGUCCUGUGGAGGUACGGGCGUCUUCAAUCUCCCCGGUACAGAACAGUCUUCAAUCUUGCCGAGCACCUUCAAUCUCGCCGGUACAGAGCAGUCUUCAAUCUCGCCGGGCGGCUUCAAUCUCGCCGGUACAGAGCAGUAUUCAAGCUCGCCGGCCGUCUUCAAUCUCGGCGGUACAGGCCAGUCUUCAAUCUCGCCGGGCGUAGCUUGCCUGCAAUCUCGUCGGAAACCUAGAAUUUGUUCGUGGAGUACGGGGAAGACGAAGAAGAAAGAUGGGAAGGGAAAAGGAGAGAGAAGCCCGACCCUCGGGCCUCAAGUCCUCAACUUUCUUUUUCCAUUUUUCAAUUUUUUUAUACAAAUAAUUUAAUUCUUUUUUAUUUUGAUUUUGGCUGAAGGAUUAUGAAUGAUGAGAGAGGAACAAUCAAUUCAAUGCAUUCCAAUUAAAAUUUUC